UCGUUCUCUUCCUCUCCCUCUCCCUCUGCCUACUCUCCUCACUCAAGUCUCAACGACGACCUCAAAGCCGGAGCUGGGCUAAGUAGCGCAGCCAAUCUCCCUGCUGUUUGUCAGCAAUCUAGUAAGAAUCAUGUUUCUAUCGAGAUUUAUUGGGAGAACAGCUCUCUUGGCAGCUGCCAAAUCAGAAAGUUCUGCAGCUGCAGCUGCAGCUGCUGCUUCUACCGCUACAUCAGGUUCUAAUCCUCUUGAGCAGUUCUUCGAGGCAGAUUAUCCUGAGGAGGGAAAGCCUGUUUAUGGUCGAAGUUGGAAAGCAUCUGAGCUGCGCCUCAAGGCAUGGGAUGAUCUUCAAAAAUUAUGGUAUGUUCUUUUGAAAGAAAAAAACAUGCUGAUGACUCAACGGCAGAUGCUUCAUGCGGAGAACCUACGCUUUCCUAAUCCAGAGCGUAUUCCCAAGGUAAGGAAAUCCAUGUGCCGGAUCAAGCAAGUGCUCACUGAAAGAGCAAUUGAAGAGCCAGAUCCCAGAAGGUCUGCUGAGAUGAAGAGGAUGAUAAAUGCUUUGUAAUUUGCAUGCCAACAUUCCUAACUCGGCUCCUACAGGCUCUCUAGUGGUUUGUUGUUGAGACAUGAUGAUGUCACGCUUCCCAUGUGUAGGUGGACUGCAUCCUUCUUGUAUUUCAUUUAUCAUCUUCACUUUCACUUCCUAUUGAACGUAUCCCAGCGUUUGUUUCUGUUUUGUAUGACAUAUUAUCAGUAGAGACGAGUCAUCAUCCCAUAAUUAGAACUGCUUAUAUCUGUCUGUUUCUUUCCAUAUUGUUUUCCUUUUUAAGAUUUCCCCUUCUAGAUUCCCCUAUCCAUAGAAUCAGUGAGUUUUAUAAAUUACUUUGACGAUGAUUUCAUAAGUUCUUUGCAAUCCUUGUAUCUGGAUAAGUAGUUCUAAUUUUAGAUGGAUGCAAAUUCUUUUGAUGAAAGCAAGCUUAUAGAACAGUUUUAAGUUUGAUAUUGUUGAGUUCUCUGAUGUGUACUGGUAGUUAUUGCUGCAUAAAUUCUUGAAAAUGAC